CAUUCGCAAUGCUAGCCUUAAUCAGUCUCCUAUUGUUUGUUUUUCCCUUUCCCGUACUAAACCAAUUUCUCGAUGGCGAGUGUGGAACUCAUCCCAAUGGCUAUAUAGCGAAUAGUUCAUCGAGUCCCUGGAUUGCUUUUCUGCACACCACUGAUUACGUAUUCGUAUGCGCAGGAACUCUGAUCACUCACAAACUAAUACUGACUGCAGCGCAUUGCGUAAUGGCCAACGCGGAACUAGUAGCUCGUCUUGGGGAGUUUGGGGGAACCCUUGAAGAAAACACCCCAUCAGUGGAGCACGAGGUAAGGGAAUACUGGAAACACCCCUUCUACGAUAUAGACGCAAAUGCCAACGAUGUAGCAGUGCUCGAGCUGGCCACAAGUGUGGUAUAUACAGACAACAUUAGGCCCAUUUGCAUAGUGUGGGAUCGUUCUUGGAAAUUCUACAUUGAUAAUAUUCCGAUACUAAAGGGUCCCGUAAGGGGCAAGCCCGAAAAUGAGAAUGACAGUGGACACAAAAUAAUGGAAGUCCGGCGGCAGUCUCCGGAAAUGUGCCCCAACCAUAUCGGUACCUUAACAUAUACUUUAUCGAGCAAUCAGUUCUGCGCGGGAAACUCAGAAAGUAAUCUUUGCAACGCCGAUUGCAGCAGUCCUGUGGGAGCAUGGGUUCUGCACCAAAAUUCGCUAAGAUUUGUCCAAGUUGGUAUUGCCACCACGAAUCAAAGGUGCAGUGUGCCAAGUAUUUACACUGAUGUUCUAAGCCACAUAGAUUUUAUUCUCCGGGUAUGGCGGUAUUACGGCCAAGAUCAAAGUCCAUCAAUCCCAAGCUUUACGACAACGACAAUAGCACCGAAAAUGAAUUUCGAUUGGGGUUCAAGAAGAGAGGAUUUGGAUCAACUAAGAUAUUAAGAUAAACCUCUAGGUAUUUACCUAACAAUAGUGAGAUUGUCAAAAUUACUUAAGCAUCUUAAAUAAUAUGAUUAAUUUUUGGCUAAAAACAAAAUAUUCUCCUAGGAUGAACUGAUUAGUAGGCUAAUUUGAUAGUAGCUGAAAUUUACGAUUAUAUUGCGGCCGUUUUCCUAGACGGUUUUAUGUUAAUCGCUGUAAUAAAAUCCCAGCCAGCUGUGGCCCUUCUACAA